CGCGGGGCCGCCCCUCUGCGGCGGGCGGGCGGGCGCAGAGAGCGAGCGGGGACCGAGCGGGGACCGGCGGGCGGUGGCGCGGCGGACAUGUGCAGGAUGUCCUUCAAGAAGGAAACUCCGCUUGCCAACGCUGCAUUCUGGGCAGCAAAGAGGGGAAACCUGGCCCUGCUGAAACUGCUGUUAAACAGUGGCCGUGUGGACGUCGACUGCAGAGACAGUCACGGCACCACACUUCUCAUGGUUGCCUCCUAUGCUGGCCACAUAGACUGUGUGAGGGAGCUUGUUCUGCAGGGAGCAGACAUCAACCUCCAGAGAGAGUCAGGUACAACUGCCCUGUUCUUCGCUGCCCAGCAAGGCCACAAUGAUGUUGUGAGAUUUCUCUUUGGAUUUGGAGCAUCCACUGAAUGUCGGACCAAAGAUGGGGGCACUGCCCUGUUGGCUGCUAGUCAGUAUGGGCACAUGCCAGUGGUGGAGACCUUGCUGAAGCAUGGAGCCAACAUCCAUGACCAACUUUAUGAUGGAGCCACGGCCCUGUUUCUGGCUGCCCAAGGUGGCUACUUGGAUGUCAUCCGACUACUGCUGUCUUCAGGAGCAAAAGUCAACCAGCCAAGGCAGGAUGGAACCGCACCGCUGUGGAUCGCCUCCCAGAUGGGCCACAGCGAGGUGGUGCGCGUAAUGCUGCUGCGGGGAGCUGACCGUGAUGCCGCUCGCAACGAUGGUACGACAGCAUUGCUGAAAGCAGCCAACAAAGGGUAUAAUGAUGUCAUAGAGGAGCUGCUCAAAUUCUCACCUACUCUUGGUAUUUUGAAGAAUGGGACUUCGGCUCUCCACGCAGCAGUGCUCAGUGGGAAUGUUAAAACAGUUGCCCUGCUCCUGGAAGCAGGGGCAGAUCCAGCCUUGAGAAACAAGGCCAAUGAGCUUCCAGCAGAACUAACCAAAAAUGAACGCAUACUGAACCUCCUGAGACAGAAAGAAGGACCUGGGAAGAAUGAACUUGGAUCCAUCUUAGAUAGAUAGGAAUUUAGACCACAGUAUCCAGAAAGAAAUGGUUCUUAACAAUGUUGGAAAUGAAGAAAGAAUGUCUGCCCUGUGGGUUUGCACACUGUGCACUGACCCAGGACGGGCUCAGGGUCCACUUCCCUUUAUUUACAAUGGGCUUCUCUCACUGCCCUAUAACUUGGCUCUCGGGGACAUGGAUAGUCACAGAUUCCACAGAAACUUAUCUACAACUAUGAUAACUAAGUUCAGCUCCAUGUUGGACAUGAUUUCAGUGCUAAAAAAGGAAACAAAAGCUUCAUUCUUUAAGAGUCACAGGCCACCCUUCAAUGAAGCAAUACAUGUUUACUUUUGUGUUUAAUGUAGCUAUGCUAAAAUACAAUGUGUUUGAUGUAGCCAUGCUAAAAUACAAUGUGUUUAAUGUAGCCAUGCUAAAAUACAAUGUGUUUAAUGUAGCUGUGCUAAAACACAAUGCCUCCAUAAUAGUUCCAUUUGUCCAUUCACUGUAAAGUAUUUUUAUCACCCAAAGAUCAGAGUCAUGGUUCUUGGGAACCAGUGUAUACAUAAACAGUGGUUACUUAAGAUCCGCUUUUGACAUUCCACUAUGUGCUACUCAAAGAUGUGCCAUUAACACAUAGAAAAGAAAAACUGUUUGUUGGUAAAACCUCAUCUUUUUCCUGACUUGUAAAGUCACUGUCUCCUUGUCCACAUUGUCAAUGUAUGAGGAUAGCAAUAGGGAAUUGAAAACCCCAACAUCUGCAAAACACAGGUCUCUUUGAGCUUUGACUCUGGUUGUAUGGUCUGGAGUCCAAUUUCCAAGGCACAAGUGAAGACACAAUAUGCUGGGGAAUCUGGCACUUCCCGCAGCACUGUCUCUGACGGUGAGCUCACUGGCUGAAACAUGAUAUACGUGAGUACUGUUGCUGUUACUACUGGGGACUAUCCAUAGUAAAGGCAGUUGUUAGUAUUUACCAGGUGCUCAUUGAUACAUACUCAUGGGUGAAUUGAUUCCAGCAAAGAACCACAAGUUCACCAAACUGUUUGAGGAGGAUCUAAAGUUGAUGCCCAAUGCACUUCCAAUGGUGUCUACUUGCCUCUGUUGGUGCCUAACUGCAUAUACAGAAAUCAAUCUUCCUUCUAUAAUACAUGGUACGAAACACUACUAGUACUUUCAUGUUUAAACACAUAUCCACUACUCUAGCUCAUACUAUGCUCCAGGUCCCAACCAGGAGUCUCUGUGUAAAGUCCUGUUAAGAUGGAAGGGAAAAUAAUCCUAAAGAAGGUUUUGCUUAACCAAAUGCAGUGUUAUGAGAAGCACUACCUUUAAGUCUAUAAAUGCCAGACUGGAACUCUUGAAAUGAGAACAUGAUCUCUUAAAAUUGUUUAUGAUAAAUGCAAUCAUAAUGACAAGAUUUACAGCACACACCCUCAAAGAAGGAUAAAGUCUGACUGAUAAGCUCUGCAGAAAUCCGCACUCUAGUUUCAAGAUAAAAGAUUAGAAAGUUGUUCGUUGCCACAACACCUGACACAAAUAUUUUGGUAGCUCAGGAUCAGUGCCAACUUCCCCAUUGGCAGCCUUUUACUUGGCAAAGUUAUGCAAAUACACAUUAUCUCCAUGGGAAUUUUGAAAUGCUGUAUUUGCCUUGAAGAAGAAAUUAAUGUGGACUUAAAUGCUUUGCGAUUUCCCCUUUAUUUAACCCUAUACCAGAACCAGUUGUUCAUCAUAGGUCCAAAAGAAAACAGUAUUGCAAAUACCACCACCACCACCACCAAAACCCAAAGACAGGAUCAGAAACUUCAUGUUUUUCACUAAAACCUCUUGACAUUGGCCUGUCACGUCAGAUGAACCAUUUUAGGGCCAUGAAAUUAAUUCAGUAUCUUUAGCAAUACUUAAUAAAGACCUUUGUGCUGUAUGAAACAAAUAUCUGGAUUAGCAUUUCAUCUAGAUGCAAUUAUGAUGUUAUCUGUGGCAGGGAAGUUGGGUAAGAACCUACCAAAAACUGAACAAGAUGUCUGUUAUUUCAGAAACUGUAUUUCCAUUUGCACACAUCUAAAGGACUCUUUAUAUUAGACUCAUGGACAAUCCAGUCAGUCUUAAUCCAAAGACUUAACAAAAGCAGUUCUUCUGCAAAUAAUCCAUUUAGCUGAACUACAAAAGUUUGCCACUACAUCCAUCUGUUUGACAACACAUUCCAUGUUAUACUUAAAAUAAAGUUAAUAAAUUGGGAAAUUUGC